UAAUCACUUUACAGCCCAAUCUGGUUGGCUAAACCACUCAGCGCGUAUGCGUUGAUAGUUUCAUAUACUUUUUGUUUUUGUGCUAUGUAUGUGUUUGUCAUUUGUUAAUCUUUUCCCUAAAUUUGUAUUCCCCUCUUUCUACUUAAAAGGUAGGAGCAAAUCAGCUACCGCAUAAAUCUUUACGAAUCUCAUAAUACGUCCCAAGAUUUUUUAUCGUCCACCCAUAGACACACUUAAGUUAUACACAACACUCGGCAUGUAAAGCUCUAUCCUUCAUACCUUAAACUAUUCAAUGAACUGGAUACUACUUUUUACCAAGAGCAUUGCCAUAGCAAAUUUACACAUUUAAUGAAUGCAACAAGAUCCAUCUGACCAGUAUUACUAACCUGAUGAUCAGCUGCAUCUGUGAUAUUUCGUAUCAGUAAUUUCAUCAAAGAAGGUAUGUCAUUUUGGAAAAUUUCUGUUUGGAUUACAAACUUACAUUGGUUUCUAUUGACAACCUGAUGGAUGUUUAAAUAUGCAUACAGGACAUUGGACUAUGGUCAUGCUGGGGCAUCACGUUCAAAAGUUUUAGCCAAUCAAAUCAAUUCCAGUAUUUAUUUCAGUCAGGUGAAAUGGAAGAAGAUGAUGAAGGUAUUGCUGUGGAUUCCUGACACAGUGGUCAUUGUCCUACUGUUUAUUUUGUUUCCAUGUAACAACCACACACAGGCAACUACUUGUCCAUUGUUGUGUGAGUGCUUGCAGGAUUACUAUGUCUAUUGCGAUGAUCAAGGUAUUACACCUGAUAUGUUAAAGAGAAUGGCAGAAAAAAUUCCCAGACAAGCCCGAUAUAUUGAUCUUAGCCAGAAUAAACUCAACACUGUACCAACUGAGAUUUUUGAGCACUUUUCUAAGGUUCAUCACCUGAACUUGGCUGUUAACCAAAUUAAGGAAUUAACUCCUGGCUUAUUCAGUAAUCUGACCAGUUUGAUCAAAUUAAACUUACAAGCAAACCUGUUGUCACAACUGAAAUCUAAUUUACUAAGUGGGCUUUCUGAACUUGAAGAACUGCAUUUGGAAUGUAACUAUAUUGAAACAAUCGGUAAUGAUUCCUUUUCUGGUCUUCUCAAUCUGAAAAGAUUAUACCUUUUCAAAAACAAUGUUGGAAUGAUUUACCAAAACAGCUUUCGAGGUUUGCAGUCUCUCCAUAUACUGGAUGCUUCUAACAAUGCAAUAUUUCAGAUUUCUGAUUAUAGCUUUCUUGAUUUGAGGCAUCUUACUACUUUACAACUUAACAGUAAUCAAAUUGAUUCAAUUGCCAUGUUCACAUUUGCUGGCCUUGAUAAACUUGAAGAGUUGUUCUUGGAUGGAAAUCGAAUUUCAGAAUUAAAACCAGAGUCUUUAUCAACAUUUGGAAAAAGCUUGAGAAUUCUUUCUUUAAAUGAUAAUGAAAUAUUUUUAAUCAAACCCAAUACAUUUACCAAAUUGCCCAAACUACGGAAACUAUUUUUGAACACUAAUUUAUUAUCAGAAUUUCAACUUGAAACAUUUAAAGGAGUUGACAAUUUGAGAGAAAUUCACAUACGCAAGAAUAAAUUUGAAUAUCUCCCUAAAAAUAUAUUAAUGGGUGCCAACCAUAUAUAUUAUGCAGAUUUUAGUGACAAUCUUAUUUCAUCCAUAAACACUGAUGCAUUUGCCAAUUUCCGUGAAAGUGUUCGUUACUUGUUUUUGCAAAAUAAUCGCUUAAAAGAGCUGCAUGCUGGCAUGUUUCGUCGUAUGGUUUAUCUUCGAGAACUUAAUGUCUCGGAGAAUAGAAUAUCUGUGAUUAAAGAGAAUGUGUUUCAGACAUUACGCAAUCUGCGAAUUUUGAAUUUGUCAGGAAAUAAACUGACACACAUCACACCAAGUGAUUUGAUAGGUGCAAAAUCUCUGGAGAAACUAUAUCUCCAUUCUAAUCCUUUAGAGAGUUUUCAUGGAUUUAGAUUUAGUAAUCAGGAAAGUUUUACAUUUGUCACAAUGAAUUUAACUCUUUCAGACAUUUCACCUUUUUCUAUGACUAUCAGCUGGCCCUUCAAAGGUGGGACACAGAUCUAUUGGACAAUGACAGGGAUUUGUUUAAACAGAUCUUCAUCCUGUGCAUUUCGAGAACAAUCCACCUAUUUUCCUGCAUUUAAAACUUCAAUAUACAUUGACAAACUUCAGCCAUCAUCUCUGUAUUAUGUUUGUGUUAACCCUGUUUUCUUGUCAUCUCAUGCACAAGUCGUACAAUGCCUUCAUGUACGAACUCCCAUCAAUUCAUAUAAGCCCUUUGUCCAAACAACGGCAGCACAAGUUGUCAAUUAUAGUCCUACUCGCAUUACACUCAGUCUUGUGACUUAUUUACUCAUCAUUUUUAUUAUUUAUUCUUCAUAAACAUUUUCUUACAGAAACCAGAAAAAUAAAAAUUGAAACUGAUG